AUGACUUCACAGCAAUGGAUACUAGUAGUCUGCUUCUCACUGGCCUCAGUUUUAGGGACAGCUGAAUCAGUGACAACAAUAGAAACUCAGAAAUACACUUGCAGGACAUUCGGUAGUGGAGUCAUCCAGCCUUUCAAUGGUUCAAGUUUCUAUGUGAAAUCCAAUUGCCCUUUUACCCUCACCCGCUUCAUCCACAACCGUGUUGAAUGUGACAUCACCACACAACGCGGCAACAAUGGGCUUCUGGUCAAAGUCGAGAUCAUUAUCAACAAAAUCAGAACAGUUUUGCAGAACGGAAGCAUCCUGGUGGAGAAGAAAAGUGUUUCCCUUCCAUAUGACCACACCUACCAGCACAUUUUUCAGUAUGGCAUCUACACUAAACUGAGGAGCUCAUUGCUUCCUCUGUCUGUCACCUGGCACAAUGUUCCUGGAGGAAUAGACAGUGUGCGGGUGGAGCUGGAACAAGAGCAUGAGCUGCGCACUGACAUGACUGGAUUGUGUGGAAAACACAAUGUCCAAGUAGGCAAUGAGCAGCAGUUGAUUACAGAGAACGUGCUUACUGAGGACACAUGUCAAACCCGAGAUCCUGUCUUCACUGUGAAUCAAAUAUGCAGAAACUUCUUUUCCACUGCCUUGGAUUGUCGGCCAGCCAGUAGGCCUUAUUAUAUCCAGCUCUGUGACAAGAACAUUUACAGUUAUGAAACAAACAAGUACAUUGGCUGUGCUUUCUUCAAAGAAGUUGUCCAGCAGUGUGGAAAUACUAGCUAUGUCUGGAAUACAUGGAGAAGUGUAACCAAAUGUGCUCCACCAAGUUGUCCAGGAGACCUGGUUUAUGUAGAACAGGGCCCUGCCUUUAUUCCCAGCUGCUCCAACCCCAACCCCAGAUUCACUAACCAGGAUCUCACCAGCUCCUGUGUCUGCCCAAAGGGCAAGGUGCUGAAUGACUAUGCUGAUGUUGUCCACUGCGUGGAUGUGUCCAACUGCCCCUGUGUGUUUGCUGGCAAGACCUACCUAACUGGAGACACACGCAGCACCAAGUGUCAGUCUUGUGUGUGUAAUGGUGGAAAGUGGUUUUGUUCAGAAAACAUCUGCCCAUCCAGAUGUAUCAUUGAAGGACAGUUUGUGACAACAUUUGAUGGAAAACGAUAUGUUGUCCCUGGUAAAUGUACCUAUGUGGCAGCACAGGGUCUCAGUUGGACAAUAACUCUUCAGUAUUCCAAGAAGGAAGCAUCUCUGGAAAUGGUGGUUCUCCAGCUCUUUCAGGAUACAUAUACAUUCUCACACAAAUGUGUUAAAGUAGGAGAGAAAGAGAUCACUGAACUUCAUCAGUCUGAUCAUGCCCUGGUUUUCUGGCAGUCCUCCAUGUACGUCCAAGUGCAUACAUCCUUUGGUAUGAAAAUCCAAGUCCAGAUGUCUCCUGAAAUCCAGCUGUAUAUCACGCCACCCAGAAAAUACACUGGCAGGAUUUCAGGUCUUUGUGGCAACAACAACAAUGACACCACAGAUGACUUCACCACCAGCAGCAGGAUCAUUGAGAACUCCCCUCAACCUUUUGCUUUAUCCUGGAGUGUGGGCACUUGUAGAGUUAACAUACCCUCCACCUGCAGCAACAUAGACAAUGAAAUAUUUGCUGAUGAAAAGUGUUCUGUGAUGAACAACCCAAAUGGAAUAUUUGCCAAGUGCCAUGGUCACAUCCCAACUGAUCAAUACCAUUUGGCUUGCAUCCAACGAACCUGUAACUGUGGCAGCAAUUUGCAGCAAUGCAUGUGUGUUGCUCUGGCCAGUUAUGCCAAAGCCUGUGCCAACCUGGGUGUUGCAGUUGGUGACUGGAGGAGUGUGACCAACUGCACUCUGAAAUGUGAAAGGAACCAAGAAUUCAUCUACAACAUUCGGGCCUGCAACCAUACAUGCCUUUCACUGUCUGGCCCUGACCCUCGCUGUGAGUUGGACAAUUCUCCUGUGGAGGGCUGUGGUUGUCCAGAGGGAACCCACCUGAACCAAAGAAAUAUCUGCACCCCAAAGGCAUCAUGUGUAUGUCACUACUAUGGUGGUACAACACCACCAGGGCCUGUUGUCAUUGAUGGACGACAGUGCCUUUGUGAGAAUGGAAAACUGCGCUGUUCCAAGGACUGUGGCUGCAGAAAUGGGAAGGUUUGUGUUCACUGCUCAGAAUACCCAGUAAGCACAGCUCAGAAAACCUGUGACAGUCUCAGCAAACCACUGGGUGCCAGCAUGACCUGUGAGAGUGGCUGUUACUGUCCACAUGACCAGUAUGAGGACCAUCAUGGAAACUGUGUUUCUCUGGACAACUGCACCUGUGUGUACAGUGGGAAAGUGUUCAGCACAGGACAACGUGUCAAAACCAACUGUAAAACAUGUAUCUGUGGUCGGGGUCAGUGGCACUGUAAAGAGGAGCCGUGUCCUGGGAAGUGUCAAGUAUAUGGAAAUGGACAUUAUCAGACCUUUGACUCUAAAUGGUAUCGCUUUGAUGGACACUGCCAAUACACACUUGUGGAGGAUUACUGUGGAAAUAGAAAUGGCUCCUUCUCUGUCAGAGUGGAGAGUGUACCAUGCUGUGAUGAGGCACUGACCUGCUCUCGCUCCAUUAUCCUGGACCUGCAGGGUAAAGUCACCCUGAUAUUGAGUGACAUGAGAGUGUCCAGACACCUCCAAAAAGGCUGGACUCUGGAGGAUGAUUUACUUUACACUACACAUACCGUGGGGCUGUACAUUAUAAUCUCAGUGCCAAAUAAAGGGAUAACUCUCAUCUGGGACAAACACACCCGGAUCACCAUAGAGCUGCAGCCAAAAUGGAGGAGCCAAGUCUGUGGCCUUUGUGGGAAUUUUGACUCCAGUGAGACGAAUGACAUCCAGAUAAGUGGCUCAAAAGUGGAAUCCAGUCCCCUGGCCUUCGGCAACAGCUGGAAAGUCGCCGUGCCUCCUUGUUCUGAUAUAACCACUGAGAUGUUUCCAUGUGAACGCAACUCCUACUGCUCAGCCUGGGCCCAGCGGCGCUGUAUGAUCAUUACAGGAGACACCUUCAAAGACUGCCACUUAAAAGUUGACCCAGAGCCCUACUACCAUGCCUGUGUCCAGGAGUCCUGUGCUUGUGAAUUUGAAGGGAAGUUCUUGGGCUUCUGCACAGCUGUGGCAGCCUAUGCAGAGGCCUGCAGUGAUGAGGAUGUGUGUGUCAACUGGAGAACACCUGAUUUGUGUCCGGUCUACUGUGACUACUACAAUGAGCAGAGCCAGCAUAGCUGGCACUAUGAAGCCUGUGGUAAGAUGCUAACCUGUGGCAAAGACAACCGCUUCGUUCACAAACUGGAAGGCUGUUACCCCAGGUGUCCAAAGGAUGCACCAUACUAUGAUGAAAAUACUGGUGAAUGUGCCAAAAUGGGGAACUGCACCUGUUAUUUCAAUGAGACAAUUAUUCAGCCAGGGACACUGGUGAUGAUACAGUCUGCGAUGUGCCUUUGUGAAAAUGGAAUAAUUAACUGCACCACCUUAACUCCAGGAGCAAAUUUUACUAAUGGAUCAGCUAGCACAAAAACACAGUCAAAAGUGCCUUCCACCACUUCUCUGCCAGUUACAGCCAUUACCAAAGGAUCAGCUAGCACAGAAACACAGUCAACAGUGCCUUCUGCCACUUCUCUGCCAGUUACAGCCAUUACCAAAGGAUCAGCUAGCACAGAAACACAGUCAACAGUGCCUUCUGCCACUUCUCUGCCAGUUACAGCCAUUACCAAAGGAUCAGCUAGCACAGAAACACAGUCAACAGUGCCUUCUGCCACUUCUCUGCCAGUUACAGCCAUUACCAAAGGAUCAGCUAGCACAGAAACACAGUCAACAGUGCCUUCUGCCACUUCUCUGCCAGUUACAGCCAUUACCAAAGGAUCAGCUAGCACAGAAACACAGUCAACAGUGCCUUCUGCCACUUCUCUGCCAGUUACAGCCAUUACCAAAGGAUCAGCUAGCACAGAAACACAGUCAACAGUGCCUUCUGCCACUUCUCUGCCAGUUACAGCCAUUACCAAUGGAUCAGCUAGCACAGAAACACAGUCAACAGUGCCUUCCACCAACCUUCCGCCAGUAACGGCCUUUACCAAUGGAUCAGCUAGCACAGAAACACAGUCAACAGUGCCUUCUGCCACUUCUCUGCCAGUUACAGCCAUUACCAAUGGAUCAGCUAGCACAGAAACACAGUCAACAGUGCCUUCCACCACCCUUCCGCCAGUAACGGCCUUUACCAAUGGAUCAGCUAGCACAGAAACACAGUCAAUUACCAAUGGAUCAGCUAGUCCGCCAGUAACGGCCAUUACCAAUGGAUCAGCUAGCACAGAAACACAGUCAACCGUGCCUUCCCCCUCCCUUCCGCCAGUAAUGGCCAUUACCAAUGGAUCAGCUAGCACAGAAACACAGUCAACAGUUCCUUCCACCACCCUUCCGCCAGUAACGGCCUUUACCAAAGGAUCAGCUAGCACAGAAACACAGUCAACCGUGCCUUCCACCACUUCUCUGCCAGUUACAGCCAUUACCAAUGGAUCAGCUAGCACUGAAACAUGGUCAGCAAUUCCUUCCACUAUUUUCACUCCUAUGACAGUUGUUACAGAUGUCUCAGCUACCAUUGAAAGCCAGUCAGCAAGCCUUUUGAACUCUAUACCAACUACCUCAACUACCACUUCAACCUCAGUAACCGCUACAGAACCAGACAACACAACAGUAGUCACAACCAACUCACCCACCACAUCAUCUAUGACUAGAAUGAGUACCACACCUCCAAUGCCAACUGCUGCCUCAACACAAGCUAUCACGGUAACAAAUACAACUGAAUCCAUCACAGAGCAGACAACUGUAACAGAAGCUUCUGACAUUGUGUCUACAGAUACAAUUCUGAGCACUUUAUUCACAAAUACUUCAACAGCAUUGGUCACAGAAUCAGCACCUCCAGAGAUGGUUACACUAACAAAUACUUCCUCAACCCAACCAACAACCCAACAUACAAAGUCAACAUCAGCAACAUUUAAUUUAACAACCAGCUUUACAAGAACUGUUAAGCCUAAUGAGACCUCACAUCCAAAUGAAGUCACCAUCACAGAAGCUUCCACUGAAAAAAUGACCUCUUCUACAAUCACAGAACCUAAUAACACCUUAAUAAUGAUGCCACCAACACCAUAUACCACUGAGAUGGCCACUAGUGAAGUAUUUACCAACACAGAAUCUACAACCAUGCUGACAUUCUCUGGUGGACCAAGCACAACCACGACUGCUUCGGUAACAGAGGAAACAUAUCACACUUCGGCGGUCACAGCUUCAUUGCAGACUGCAUUCACAAAUGUCAGCGCUGAACUGAUAUCUGAAAGUGGUAAGCCAGGACCACCACCAAAUACCACCACAAAUCACCCCUCAACGGUGAUGCCAGUGUGCAAUGAGUGUAAAGACUUGAAGAUGAAAAAAAGCUGGAGCUGUGGUGAGACCUGGAUAGAAGACUGCUAUCAUAAGACCUGUACAAAUGGGACCAUAGAGUUGACCCCAGUGAUUUGUCCAGCGACAACUGUCCCCAUCUGCCCCAGAGAUCAAGUCACAAAAGUCUCAGAUGGAUGCUGUGAAACAUGGAAGUGUGACUGUCGCUGUGAGCUAUAUGGGGACCCCCACUACAUCUCUUUCCAAGGUGUAACCUUUGAUUUCCUGGAUAAUUGCACCUACAUUCUGAUGGAGGAGCAGUCACCACAUCAUCAUCUGACCAUUGCUGUGGAUAACUUCUACUGUGUACCAGACCUCCAAGGUUCCUGUGCUAAAGGCAUCAUUCUAAACUAUCAGAACUAUACAGCUACACUCAGUAUCAUCCCAGAAUUGUUUGUAGUUCAGGCCACUCUGAAUGACAUGACCAUACAACCACCGUAUGAGGAACACGGGCUGAGAUUUGAGACUACGGGGUAUGUGGUGUCAAUCUAUCUCCCAGACAUCCGCUCUUAUGUCUCCCUCAGUCCAUCUUACACCCUGGUGAUCAAUCUGGCCAUGGAGCACUUCCUCAACAACACCCAGGGACAAUGUGGUGUUUGUGGUGGUGGAUCAUGCAUCCGUAGAGAUGGGCUGAUAGAGGAAGACAGCUGCUGUGACAAGACAUCCUAUGACUGGGUGUACACAGACCCUCUGAAGCCAGCCUGUGUUUCUGCACCGAGAAACAUACCCUGUCACCCUGGGCCAGUUUCAGUACCUACUAACACUCCCACUUCCCCUGCCCUUACUGCCACCUGCCCCACAAGUGCGCUGUGUGGGCUGCUAGACCACCAAGUCUUCUCAACUUGCAGUCCAUAUGUGAAUCUGAACCUUAAAAAGCAGAACUGUGAGUUUGAUUCAUGCAGGAACCCAGACAGUGCUUGCCCUACUCUAGAGCAAGCUGCUCAGGAAUGCAAGCACGCUGGCUUCUGCAUUGACUGGAGAGGACUAACUAAUGGAAGCUGUGAUGUGCCAUGCCCAGAAGGGUUGCUUUAUAAAGAAUGCCAUGACAAGCUGGAUGACGUCUGUUAUGGAGGCGUGCGUUACCCAGGCCCCCCCCUCAAAGACAACAGUACAGGUUGUUUUUGUCCCAGUGGCCAGUUCAGAGCAGGAAAUCACUCAAACAUCUGUGUGUCUGACUGUUUCUAUUGUAAGGGACCUCUUGGAGAGCCCAAACUGCCUGGUGAGGUGUGGCAGUCCAAUUGUCACGUGUGUACAUGUAACAACCAGACUCGGUCAGAGGAGUGUUCCCCAAAAUUGGAGGCUACCCCAGUCUGUAGCCCCAGUGCUGUUUUGGUAAGCACUUCUUGCUGUGGUGGUCAGACGUGUGUUGAGAAAACCUGCAAUUAUAAUGAAAAGACAUACCAGUUGGGAGACAGAUGGAAAGAUGCUGCACAUCCCUGCAUGUCAUUCAGCUGCAGUAAGGAUGGUAUUCAGACUGAGACUAAAGUCUGUCCCAGAGAAAACUGUCCUGAGGAGGACAAGAUUUGGGACAGCCAGCACUGCUGUUUUACAUGUAACCAGAGCUGUGCAUUCAAGGUGUCCAACUUCAGCAUCACCAUAGACAACUGUAAGGCUGUCAUACAGAUGCCUGUGUGUCGAGGCCAGUGUGAGUCUCAGCCCAGUGUGGUGUUAAACAAUGACUUGCUGGUGGAGGAGAAGAGCAGUGUCUGUCAAGAGCAGAGCUCAGAGAGGAGAUCAGUGACCCUGCAGUGCUCAGACCUCACUACCAGACACUACACCUACAAGCAUAUCACCAGCUGUGAAUGUAGAGUCUGAAGUAUACUACUCUAAAAAGUAGAGGCCAGACCAAACAAGAAUUAAUCUUAAUCUGUAACUUAUCCAUGGAUUCGGAAUCAAAUGGUCAUAGUUUUUAAGUUACUGGGUCUGUUAUCAAAUAAAGUGAAUUACUUACUAAUCACCAGUUCAAGCGAUGUAUAAAG